AUGGCCUUGAGGGGCCUCAAGCGGAUGCAGGGGACAUUUGGCCAAAGGCGGUAUGUGUCGUUGGAGCACCCUUACCGGAGCUGGCUCUGGUACUUUGGCAUUCUCAAUGAGCUCACGGACGGCGAGUUCGCUUUGCCUAUGGCAGCAAUUGUGCUGCGGGAGCUUCACCUGCCCGUCUGCCCUGGGCAUGGGCACCUCAGGGGCUAUGAAGCCCGCAUCGACGAGAACGAGGCUUAUGCCAGAGGCCUCAAAAGGCAACUGGAGCCUUGGAUUGCCCGCGGCAUCCUGGACGGGCGAUGCUGGAAGAUUCAAGCAGAGCUGGGCAAGUCCACUGCGCGCUUAAGCGAUCCGGCUGUAGCCAAUGCAGUGGCAAAUGGGAUUGUGGAACUCGAGCAAGGUAUGACCCGAGGGUAUGAGCCAGCACACCUUCGGGAAAUGGCCCGUCGCACUAGCAUCAGGGGCACUGACCUCAGGAUUUUCCUGGGUGAUGAGAAGAUCGAAGAAGUGCCGUACCCUGCUUACAGGUGGUACUGGCGCGAGGUCCUCAGCUAUGCCUGGCGUGAGGAGCGGCACAUCAACGAGGGAGAAGUUGCAGCUUUCAACAUCAUGCUCAAACGCAGAGCAAAGGACCCGGCCAAGCAUGAGCUGAGGUACCUGGCGAUCGUCGAUAGCGCUGUUACCAGGGGUGCGGUGAGCAAAGGGAGGAGCCCGUCCAGGCCCCUCAACCGCCUCCUGCGGCAAACAGCGGCCCUGGCAUUGGCAUCGGAUCAGUAUCCUCUGACAGCCUGGACCAUCAGUCGGUGGAACUUUGCUGACGGUGCCAGUAGGAGGACACUACGUGCCUACCGCCAAGGGCUCGAUCGCUUUAUGUUGUUCGCAAAAGUUGAAAAGCUGCCGCUGAGAACUCAAAAACAAUUGGAUGUGGCGGUGGGCGAGUAUCUGAACGCCUUGUUUCAGGAAGGCGACAGCUUGGCCCAAGGGGGACAUUUACUGUCAGGGCUCAAACGAUUCUGCCCUGGCAUGCGCUUUAAGCUCCCCACUGCCACCCAGUUCUACAAAAACUGGCAAAGAAUUCAUCACCCCGAAAGGGCGGUCCCUAUCAGUUGGGAACUCUUGCUGGCAAUGGCUGGCGUAUGUCUUACCCAGGGAUUUCCUGGCGUUUCACUCAUGCUCCUUGUGGGGUUCAUGUGUUUCUUGCGAACCUCCGAGAUGCUUUCGCUGCAAGCGCUGCAUUUGAUGCCUCACCGUGACGGGCAACGAAUAACCGUCAUCAUUCCCUUUGCCAAGACCUCAAAUGGCAACCCACAAGUUGUCACCUGCUCUGACCCACGUGUGUGGAGUUUAGCAGUGUCUGUAAAGCAAGCUUCAGGCCCAACGAGGCCUUUGUGGGCUGCCACCCCAGGAGCUUUCCGCCGCUUCUGGCAAAAUCUCUUGGAGGUCUUUGACUUCAAUGGUGCCGACUAUGCCCCCUAUGGCAUUCGGCGAGGGGGUGCCACUUGGUAUUUUCUCGGAACGUCCUCUAUGGACGCUACCCUGCAACGUGGCAGAUGGAGCUGUGGCCGCACAGCUAAACAAUACAUUGAUCAGGGGACCCUGGCAAUGGCCAGAUUUCUAUGGACCGGCACACAACGUGGCCGUGUCAAGCAGUGGGCCCUCAAGGGAGCCAAACAUCUCAGGCGUCUUCGACAGGAAAAAGCGCUGGGAUUAUGGGAGGCAGUGGCUGGUGGCGCGAUCAAAGAGCUAGUAGUGAAACCUCCCAGCCCCAAGACUGCAGAGGAGCGAAAAUUAAUGUCGGAUGCACUGAAGAAAAACGACAACUUGCAGAGCUGUGUUCCUCUGGAUGACAAGAAGAUUGCCCUGCUGAUCGAUGCCGCCUGGAAAGAGACAGUCCCAAUUGGACACACCAUCAUCGAGGAGGGCGAUUUGAGUGCAGACUACUUCUACAUUGUGCAGAAGGGGAAGUUCGCCAUCUCCCUGUCCAAGGGAUCUGAGCCCCAGAGCCUGGACUCUGCCAAGGCAGCAGCAGACAUCCUCGGAGUGGUGGAUGCGGGCGGAUCCUUCGGAGAGUUGGCGCUGCUGUACUUUGCACCACGAGCCGCCACUGUGAAGGCUUUGCAGGAAUCUGUGGUCUGGGUCAUUGAUAGGCGGACCUUCAAGUCGACUCUGGAGAAAUCAGCAGACGACAUCGUCAAGGAGUACAUCAAAUACUUGGACAAGGUGAAUCUGCUUGCCAAGCUGAAGCCCGAUGAAAAAGCAGCAGUGGCGGCAGCCCUGCGGGAAAUGUCCUUCACACAGGGUGAAGAUGUCUUGACUCAGGGUGAGCAAGGUGAUGACUUCUACAUCCUCAUUGAUGGCGAGGUUGCGGUGAUCAAAGACAGUACGGAGCAGACUCGUCUCAAAGCCACUGCAGCGCAGGCCUCAAUCUUCGGAGAGCGGGCCUUGCUGACCAAGGAGCCACGCACUGCCACCAUUCGAGUGCGUUCAGAAAAAGCCAAGGCGUUGGUCUUGGACAAAGCUACCUUUGACAUGAUCCUGGGCCCACUGGAAGACCUCAACAAGCGCGGCAGGGACGCCCCUAGCGUGCUGAUCAAGGGUGGUGACAACAAAGCCCCACACCUUGUACCACGCCAGAAUGACACGUCAGGCAAAAAGCGCUUUGGAAACAUUGACAGGAAGAAGCUGAAACAGCUGGGCCUGUUGGGCUGCGGCGGUUUUGGCGCUGUGGAACUGGUGCAGCACGUGGACACUGGAGAUACUUACGCCUUGAAAGCUUUGAGUAAAGGAUUUGUGGUGAAAUCGGGCAUGCAGACUAGUGUGAUGAGUGAGAAGAAUGUGCAGCUCAUGUGCGACUCUCCCUUCAUUAUCAAACUCUAUGAGACCUACAGCGGCACCCAGAACCUCUACUUCUUGCUGGAGCUCGCUCUUGGAGGAGAACUCUAUGCAACUUACAACAAGAAGGGCCUCUUUGGAAAGGAGCAACAUGCCAAGUUCUACACCGCUGGAGUGCUUUUGGCCUUCGAACAUCUACACAGCAAGAAGAUUGUGUUCCGUGAUUUGAAACCGGAGAACAUUUUGCUGAACGAGAGCGGACUGGUGAAGCUGACCGAUAUGGGCCUGGCCAAAGUGGUGGUUGGAAAGACCUACACCACGUGUGGUACCCCAGACUACUUUGCUCCGGAGUUGAUUGCAUCCGCGGGGCACUCGCACCCAGUAGACUGGUGGACACUAGGCAUCCUCACCUUUGAGCUGCUCAGUGGGCAUCCGCCCUUUGAGUCAGCCUACCCCAUGCAGAUCUAUCAGAAGGUCAGCAAAGGUAUCAACAAGGUCGUUUUCCCACCAAAGUGCAAAGGCGCUGCUGAGGAUCUUGUCAAGGGCCUUUGCAAGAAGGAUCCUUCUGAGCGAUUGCCCAUGAAGAAAGGUGGCGUCGGAAACAUCAAAAAGCACCUGUUCUACAAGGGCUUUGACUGGGAAGCCUAUGAGGCUGGAAAAAUGGAUCCACCGUACAAGCCACAAGUCAAGAGCAAGAAGGACCUGGCCAAUUUCUCAGCGAGAAAGGAAGACCUACCUCCACAAGUUCCGUACAAAGAUGAUGGAAGUGGCUGGGACAAGGACUUUGCCACCUUCUCCUGA